AUGCGCUCCGCGAGGACUGUACCACACAUGCAGUCCAUCUGGAUAGAUCAGAACCAAUACAUGGAGAAACUGUAUGGAUGUCAAAUGGAUCAGUUGUUCGAUGCCACCACGACUGUAUCUGGAACUAAAAUAAUUAGGCUGGAUGCCUUUGACGACCAUGAGACCGAUAUACAUAUACUGAACAGCAGCAUACCUAUACUAGGUAGUAACACAAACUUUAUCGACCUGUCUGCCUCACACCGUCUGAUUCCACAACCGAAAAAUCCAGCAAGAAAGGGUUCUACUCCAGUGAAGACCCCAAUCAUUCAAUGGGAUAAAAUACGGAGAGUCGCAAAGGAGUGCCAGAAAUUCAUCACCAACCCAAAGGUCAAGCUGGGAAACAAGAAAGGCAAACAUUCAAAAACUGUAUCAAAAACCUUAUGCAUUUCAUCACAUAUCGCAUGCAGAAACCUGUGUAGACUACACAGAGAGGGAUCGUUCUUCAUUUUCGACCCUACGGGAAUCAAGAUAUCCACAGCAAGAGAUACUUUUACCUUACGAGAGCCACGGGUUAACGCUCGACCCGGACAAGUUUGCACCGCAUACACCACCUCCACUGUGUAG